CAUGGCCUCGGUGUUCGGGGGAAGCCGCGCGCGGGCGGGCAGCGGGGCGCACGGCGCGCCCCUCGAGGUCAACCUGGCCAUCCUGGGGGGGCGCGGCGGCGCGGGCAAGUCCGCCCUCACGGUGAAGUUUCUGACCAGGAGAUUCAUCAGUGAAUAUGACCCCAACUUGGAGGACACUUACAGCUCCGAGGAGACUGUGGACCACCAGCUUGUCCACCUGAGGGUCAUGGACACCGCAGACCCGGACACCCCCAGGAACUGCGAACGCUACCUGAACUGGGCCCACGCCUUCCUGGUGGUGUACAGCGUGGACAGUCGCCAGAGCUUUGAAGGCAGCAGCAGCUACCUGGAGCUGCUGGCCUUGCACGCCAAGGAGACCCAGCGUGGCUACCCUGCCCUGUUGCUAGGCAACAAGCUGGAUAUGGCCCAGUACAGGCAGGUCACCAAGGACGAGGGUGCAGCGUUGGCUGGCAAGUUCGGGUGCCUGUUUUUCGAGGUCUCUGCCUGCCUGGACUUUGAACACGUGCAGCAUGUCUUCCACGAAGCGGUGCGGGAAGCCCGGCGGGAGCUAGAGAAGAGCCCCCUGUCCCGGCCCCUCUUCAUCUCUGAGGACAGGGCCCUGACCCACCAGACCCCAUUCACUGCCCGCCACGGACUAGCCAGCUGUACCUUUAACACUCUCUCCACUGCCAGCCUAAAGGAGAUGCCCACGGUGGCCCAGGCCAAGCUGGUCACUGUGAAGUCAUCCCGCGCCCAGAGCAAACGCAAGGCACCCACCCUGACCCUACUAAAGGGCUUCAAGAUCUUCUGAAGGCCUCUCCAUACACACACCAGCCUCUAUAGGAACCCGGGGCUCAGCCACUGGGCGGUGUACCGCCUCUGAUGGAUCAACAGCCUUUGCCCGCGGGUGGACAGCUGGCUUCAAGUACGGCAUCAAGCAUUGGCUGUCCAUUCAAUUCUCUGUGCAAACCACAGGGAUAGGCAGGGAUCCUGUUCCCACCAGGCCUGGUCUCCACGGCAACUGCUACAUCCAUGACCCUGGAGGAAAAUAGCCACUGCUACAUAGCCCAGAAAUCGGGGGUCAGCCUUAUGUAGGAAGAAUCUGCUGUCUUGACCCCUGCCUGCUCCAUCUACAGUGGUAGUGCUAGUG